ACACACUCUCAAUAACUUCCCUCUGUAAUCAAUUUCACUAUGCUUGAAGCAACCCCCAAAUCGGUCGUCUAAUCGGAUCAUGCGCAAUUGUUUCUUGUUUUUCGGGUCAAGUAAACCCCAAGUAAAGUCCGAAAACGAUCGUCGGAAACCCUUGGUGAUCAUCAAGGAUAACGAUUAUGAUACAGCCGCCGCCGGCGACGAGGUACACAAUCCGACGGCGGCGAUGGCUUUAAUUCUACAAUCGUGGCUCAGUGGUCACAGGUUACGUUACCUGAUUCUCCUUCUCUGUUCUCCUUUACUUAUCCCUUUCAUUUGCGCUAUGUUUCCCUUCCUUUGCGCCGCUGAGGUGUUCGUCCGUCUCUGCCGCCGCCGUCGUCGGUCGAAACCGGCUCCUCCUCAAAAUCCACUGCCGCCGUCGCUGCCGCCGCUACGGCGGCGUGAGAACGAUGUAGAAGGCGGAAUCCAGGUAAAAUCGGAUUUUAGUUUGUUAGAUAGAUAUCUGAAAGAUCAAUUAGAACUUGCUAUUGAGAUUUUAAAUGAAUGUGGAGGUGAUUUAACCUAUGGUUAUGAUUAUAUCGAUGAUUUUGAUAGUAAUCGGAGUAAUUUGUGUUAAAUUGACUUAGAAAUUUGUACAAGGAUCUGUGUUGUUGUUGUUGUUGUGCAUCUGUGACUGGAUUGUAGAUAACUGAUUUCAAUUAUACUUAUUUGAUCAAA